GUCUCUUAAUAUUCUCUCGUCUUUCGUUAUCUUCCAACUUCAAAAUAUUACAACUUCACAAAGCUACCUACGUACCUACAUAGGUACCUAUAGUAAUUACUUGCGGCAAGAGAAGUUAUACAUUCGACGCCAAGCUAAUUUAAUUCCGAACCAUAAAGUACUUCGGACGCUAAACCAAUGGCAUUGAUUGAGAAUGAUCACCUAUACGAUCAACCCAAUUCAUUUACAAGUUCACUUAUGAGUUCAUCUACGAGUUCGCUAGACUCCGAGUCACCGGAACCAUCCGUUCCACAUCUCCUAUUCUCUAAAUUCCAGGAGUUGCCGCCCGAGUUACGGCAUCAGAUCUGGCGCAUGGCCCUUCCCACACCUGGCAUCAACUUUUUCAACGUUCAUUGCAUACCUAACGAUCAUCCCGGUGCCAAUCAGAGUAACUCCCCUUCCUGGCUGUACCUGGACCUGCGACGUAUAUCUAUCAAUGAUAAUGAUGGAAGAGUCUCCCAGUACGAUCCUUCGGCAUGGCAGGCUCGGGAGACGCUACGUCGCGUUUGUCGAGAAGCCCGUGAUGUGUGUGCUCUCUCUCCAGCCGAGGCCGCUACCAUCACGCUGACUCGCCCUCGGCGUGGCUUAUUUGUGAGAGCGGCAGAUGGUCAGCUACGGGAAUUGCUUCCUUUGCGUUACCGCUCUAGUUUUAAGCGACGAGCUGAUCGUCGAGAACCUUUGGAGCGCCGGAUGGUCCGUGUCCAUGUCGAUGACGUGCUCUGCCUCUCCGUUGAGAAUUGUAGCUUCAACCUCCCGUUUGAGGAGAUACCCGUCACCAACAGCGACGGACUUUUUCCUUACGGUGGUGGCUCAUCGGAUGAUGACGAGGAUGAGUUGGGCUGGGCUUACGACCCGCAGCUAACACCUCCCCUACCGUCUACAAUCAGACGCUCAAGGGUGUGUGUUGAGAUGGCUGGCGGCGAUCGGAUCACUCUCCAAAGUGUUAAUGAGGCGCUCCGGGAUAUGCUAUCAUUCUCCCAGAACCGGCAUGCGCAGGUGGGGGAGAUGCUACAUCAGGUGCCCUUAAUCAUGUUUGAUGCGCUGAAACAGGAGCUGGGUCAACGCCGCGUCGAGGAGCUUACCCCUUGGGAUGAGACGUUCUGGGAUCGCUACGGAGACCGCUACAUUGCACUUCCGUGGAGCUCGACAGACCUCCUACGUGCCGACUAUAAGCUCACCAAGGUAUGGCCCGAGACCAAUAAUAUUCGGCUCCGAUACUUGCGGUCCGCGAUACUGCAGUCGCCAAAGAGGCCUGCUGAUCGCCCGUCUUGAAAUUUCUUCACUCCGCAAUAUGUUGCGGUAUUAAUGGAUGUCACGCACGUAUGAACAAAAAACAAUAAUGUAUGCAUUUUAGAAGGCUUGAACGAGAAUGUUAUUCGCCUUGCCACACGACAAAUGUCAAACUAUCAACAGGUAAACACGGGGGUGGAUUUGAAUAAUGAAUGAAAACCCUAUAGAAGACUCUUAUAACGUUUUGCUCGCAUUCCAAGUCCCU